UUUUCGACUUCUUCAGCAAAAACAAAAACGGCAUAGAUUUCGCGCAAAAGAAUUAAAGUAUUUUACCAAAAAUGAGUGAAAAUGAAGGUGAAAUUCUCUCGGACGACGAUAUCAGAUACGACGACGACCCGGAAGAGGGGGAGAACGGUGGCGAUAACGAUGGAGCGACCGGCGGUCCCACGCAGGUGAAGGUGGAGCACAAGAAAAAAGUCGUUACCAAUCCGCGCUUCACACUGAACGCUACGAGAUUGUGCGGUCCCCGCGGAAUCAUCGCGAUGCGAGACCACUUCCAGGGAUUCAAGUUCCGCGGCAAAGGACACGAAGUGGCCGAUCUGGACGAUAUCCUGCGCCGGAUGGAACACUGGGCGCACCGGCUCUUUCCCAAGUAUCACCUCGACGACGUGAUCGCGACGGCAGAACGGUUGGGCACGAAGAAGGAGGUCCAAAGCUACAUGGAUCGUUACCGGCGGGGUGAACUGCUGCGCGAGUUAGCCGAAGGACGCGAUGAUGGGCUGCUGUCGAGCGAUAGUGACGACGGACUGGCGGAUCAGGGUUAUGAUGGACGGAACCGGUUAAACCAACCGCUGGACCCACUGGACAGUAUGCUCGAUGAACAGAUUGCCUUAUCACGAGGCCGUACCUCGCUGGCCAAUACAUCGGGCCUGGGCAAUCUAGACAGCACAUUCGAUGAAGUAGCGAGGCGAGAACCAUCCAAGGAACCUUCGGUUGUUCCAGCGACGAAGCCGGCGGCGACUGUGCUGUCCGAAGAAGUUCGAGCAAAGAUCGAAGCAAAUCGUUUGCGAGCCUUGGAGCUGAGAAAGGCUCGUAUGAAUGCCCAGCUCAGCGAGGGAAAGGAAAAUGAAGCAAGAAAUACGGAGAUCGAUACGACCUUCUGAGGCCAUGCUGGUGUCCUGGAGUGUCUCCGCAUAAUAAAUAAGUUAAGGAUAACAUGUUCAUUCAUCGUCCUCUUGGUAGUUAAUUCGAAUCAAUAUAUUUCACAUCGAUCUAUGUAAUUAAACAUA